AUGUCUGACGCUAAAAUGGCUGCAAACCAGUCUUCUGAUGGGGAGAAGGACGUUAGCAGGCUGUCUAGGGAAUUAACACAGCAAGAAACUGCUUCUUCAGCGGCUUCUGAUGACUUCAAGGUCUUGUCCAAAUCGUUUGGUAUCAGGAAGCAGGAGAUCAUGAUGGACCAGCUUGAUACCAUCCCACUCAAGGCGUUCUACUUCUUUUCCAUCUUUGUGGGAAUGUACGUCUCCAUGGUGGAAACAGACGUGUCCAGGGUUUUCAUUGGUUAUGCUACUAGCGACUAUAAGAAGCAUUCGCUCAUGUCGACCAUAUCGCUUAUUCGUCAAGUUGUCGCUGCCAGCUCUUUGCCAGCGUUUGCCAGAUUAUCUGACAUUUUUGGUCGUUUUGAGCUCUUUUGCUUUGGCUUGGUUUUGCGUAUUGUGGGCCUUGUGGUGAUGUCACAGGCAGAUACCGUGGAAAGGUACGCUGGAGGUAUUGUUCUCUAUGGUGCUGGCUUUGCAGGCGCCAGAAUCUUGUUCCAGAUCAGUGCUCAAGAUGCUUCUUCGUUGAGGACAAGAUUAUUGGCCAUUGCUAUAAUUGGCAUGCCAACUAUUAUUUCUACAUGGUCUAGUGGUGAAAUUGUUGCUUCGGUAUUGCACCGUUACAGUUGGAGAUUUGGUAUUGGCUUGUGGGCGUUUACGUUCCCUCUUUGCUGCAUUCCUUUCUUAUCAUGUUUUAUCUACAUGAGAUGGAAAGCUUCUAAGCUUCCCGAAUGGAAGGCAUUGUGCAAGGAAGAAAAAGAAAGCAGGGUUGAGCUUAACGCUGCUCAGGAAGUCAACAGACAAUAUAUCCAAAAUGGCGGUUCUAAAUUCACUGGAAAACUCAAGAUGGUAUGGACAUACUGCAAGUUCAAGGCCAACCAGACGUUCUGGGAAGUGGACAUCUUGGCCUGUUUUUUCCUUGUGGCUAUCUUUGGUUUCAUUUUGGUGCCUAUGACUUUAGCAGGCGGUACACAUUCUGACUGGCAAAAGGCAGAAAUCAUCGCUCCUUUAGUAAUUGGGUUCUGCCUUGUUCCAGUAUUUGUUUUAUGGGAAAUGAAGUGGGCUAAAGUGCCUUUGGUACCGUUCCCAUUAUUAAAAGACCGUGGUGUUUGGGCAGGUCUUGCCAUUGGUAUCUUGAACACCUUUGCUUCGGGCAUUCCAGGUGCUUACGCAUACCCAGUUCUCUUGGUUGGAAUGAACGCUUCUGAGGUUGUGGCUACACGUACGCCGCAAUUGGCCAUGUUCGUUUCUUCCAUUGUGUUGCCUAUUCUUGGAUUGGUGAUUGUCAAGGUUAAAAGAACCAAAGGGUUCAUUCUUUUCGGUAACUGUAUGCUUUUCGUUGCCAUGGGUCUUUUCGUCCAUUACAGAGGCGACAAUGACGGAUACCGUGCUAAGUACUUCAGAGACGGUCUUGCUGUGGCAUUCUCUGUGGAUGGUUUUGCGUCUGGGUUCUUUAUGAGACCUGUGGGUGUUUCCAUUCAAUCUUGUACAAACUACGAGUACAUGGCCACAGUGACAGCAUUAUUUGCAGCCAUUUAUAAAAUCGGAGGCGCCUGUGGAACAUGUGUUUCUGGAGCUAUCUGGACACAGAAAAUGUACCCUACAAUCGUUGAAAAAAUGGAGAAGUUGGGCGUCGACCCAGCAUUGGCCAAACCGGCGUUCCAGUCUCCGUAUAAGUUUGUGGAAAAGUACACAUGGGGAACACCAGCCAGAAGAGCUGUGGUGCUUGCGUAUGCCGAAGUGCAGAAACAACUCUGCAUUGUCGCCAUUUGUCUUUUGGUGCCUUUGCUUGUGUUUGUGUUCUUGUUGAGAGACCAUAAACUAGGAGCAGUGAUGUCGCUUGAAGACGUUGAAGACGUGGAAAAGGGCCAGCAUGGAGCCGAGAGAAAGAAGGCUACUGUUGUCUAUACCAACGACGACGACCCUAUUUUCAGGCUUUGCAGAAAAAUCGUGGGCAGAAAGUAA